AUGGUUCUGAAACUUAUGCAAUUUGCUACUGUAGCAGCGAGAAAAGCGGCUGCACGCAUGCGUGCAGCCGAAGACAGUUCUAUUCACGCCUCAGCAGCAGGUGAUUUGUCGCUUGUUGUUGUGAACAGUCCACGUGGUGAGUCACUACGUGCGACAGGUACAUCCGCUGCGUCUGCAGCGGGUGAGGCGAAUCGCCAAGCAGAUGAGUCUGAGAUGGAGCUCAUCUACGCUGGCGAGUCGGAUGGUGCAUCCGAAUCGAAGACGACAACACACGCCUCCGGAUCAUCCGGGGCGGACACUUUAAGAGCCAGGUUGACUGGCUCCGGCAAGCGUGACGGCGUCAUGCUCAAGAUCUUCGGAUCGAGCGAUCAUUCCGACGAAUUCUCGCCUUACGCAACAAAAUACGCGAGGGACCGAGCUGCCACUGGUGUCAGUCCUCAUGCUGACACCAAUCAAGAGGCCAGGAACCGAAAUGUGCUGUGCCACGCUCCACAAGUGGAGUCUCCGUGGAUGCCUUCAUCCAAAGAGUUGGACCGGUUGGCCGGCAUGGCCACCGAAAGGGACCAAAUCCCGUUGUUGGACUGUAGGAGGGCUUGCUCUCCUAGCUCCAGCACGGAAACUAUCCGUGCUGAGAAAUAG